CCCCGCUGAGGAAAGCGAAGUUUGUGGAGAGCCCUCGGAUCCCCGAGUCGGAGCUCGGCUCCCCGACGCUCUCGGCGGCGCCCAAGCUGGACGUCGAUGCCUACGGUCCCGCAUCGUGCCGUGUUUUUACGAGGCGGGAAGUCGCUGCUGCCCUUCCCGGUCUGCCGGCCGUGGAGGGGAGGCAGCUGGGGGCGCCCGGCCGCUUCUUCCGCAAGUUUGUUCCCAGGCCUGGCUGCUUGCGCGAGUCCAACAGGAGGAUCGUGGCCGGCAUGGCCACCAACUCCAUGUUCCUCCGUUUGGGAACCGCCGUGCGGAUGCGCUGCCUCCUGAAUUGCAGUGCAUCUUUGGGGGGUUUUGGCCAGUUUUGUAUCCUUGCUGUGGAAUCGCUCGAUGGACUUUGCUUUGCCGUAGCCCGCAGUGACGCCGAGCAGGAGCUGGGACCCCCUCCGUCCGUCGAUGAGGCAGCGAAUACACUCAUGACUCGCCUGGGCUUCCUGCUGGGAGAGAAAGUCACGGAGGUUCAGCCAGGGCCGCAGUACAGCAUGGAGGUGCAGGAUGACAACCAGGGCCCGGCCGUGACGCAGCGGAUCAGCCCCUGCUCCACGCUGACCAGCAGCACGGCCUCGCCGCCCGCCAGCAGCCCCUGCUCCACGCUGCCGCCCGUCAGCACCAGCGUCACCGCCAAGGACUGCAGCUAUGGCGCCGUCACCAGCCCCACGUCCACGCUCGAGAGCCGCGACAGCGGCAUCAUCGCGACUUUGACAAGCUACUCCGAAAACGUGGAGCGCACAAAAUACGGAGGAGAGAGCAGCAAGGAGCUGGGCUCGGGAGGAAACCUGAAGCCGUGGCAGUCGCAGAAGUCCAGCAUGGACUCGUGCCUGUACCGCGUGGACGAGAACAUGACGGCCUCCACCUACAGCCUCAACAAGAUCCCCGAGAGGAACCUGGAGACCAUCCUGUCCCAGUCAGUGCAGUCCAUCCCGCUCUACCUGAUGCCGCGGCCCAAUUCCGUAGCAGUGCGCUUCGCCCCUUACCGCCCGCCCGACAUCUCCCUGAAGCCGCUGCUGUUCGAGGUGCCCAGCAUCACCACGGAGUCGGUGUUCGUGGGCCGCGACUGGGUUUUCCACGAGAUCGACGCGCAGCUGCAGAGCGCCAACGCCAGCGUCAACCGCGGCGUCGUCAUCGUGGGCAACAUCGGCUUCGGCAAGACCGCCAUCAUCUCCCGGCUGGUGGCCCUCAGCUGCCACGGCACGCGCAUGAGGCAGAUCGCUUCCGACAGCCCCCACGCCUCGCCAAAACUGGCAGACCCGGUCGUCGCCUACCACUACUGCCAAGCCGACAACGCCUACACCUGCCUGGUGCCCGAGUUCGUGCACAACGUGGCCGCGCUGCUCUGCCGCUCGCCGCAGUUCGUCGCCUACCGGGAGCAGCUGCUGCGGGAGCCCCAUCUGCAGAGCCUGCUCAGCCUGCGCUCCUGCGUCCAGGACCCCAUGGCCUCCUUCCGCCGCGGCGUCCUGGAGCCCCUGGAAAACCUGCACAAAGAGAGGAAGAUUCCCGAUGAGGAUUUCAUCAUUUUAAUAGAUGGUUUGAAUGAGGCUGAAUUCCACAAGCCAGAUUAUGGGGACACCAUCGUCUCAUUCUUGAGCAAAAUGAUCGGAAAAUUCCCUUCGUGGCUGAAGCUGGUCGUGACGGUCAGGACAAGCCUACAGGAAAUAAUUAAGCUGUUGCCCUUCCACAGAAUUUUUUUGGAUAGACUGGAAGAGAAUGAAGCCAUCGACCAGGACCUGCAGGCAUAUAUCCUCCAUCGGAUACACAGCAGCUCAGAGAUCCAGAACAACAUCUCCCUUAACGGCAAAAUGGACAACACGACGUUUGGCAAGCUCAGCUCUCACCUCAAGACCCUGAGCCAAGGGUCCUACCUGUACCUAAAACUCACUUUUGAUCUCAUAGAGAAAGGAUACCUAGUACUAAAAAGCUCCAGUUACAAAGUAGUCCCGGUCUCUCUGUCAGAAGUUUACCUGUUGCAGUGCAACAUGAAGUUCCCAACGCAGUCUUCCUUUGAUCGGGUUAUGCCUCUCUUGAAUGUGGCAGUGGCAUCUCUGCAUCCUUUAACAGACGAACAUAUUUUUCAGGCCAUUAAUGCAGGUAACAUUGAGGGCACUUUGGAGUGGGAUGACUUUCAGCAGAGGAUGGAGAACCUUUCUAUGUUUCUUAUCAAACGUAGAGACAUGACGCGAAUGUUUGUUCAUCCCUCUUUCCGAGAAUGGCUUAUUUGGAGGGAAGAAGGAGAAAAGACCAAGUUUCUUUGUGAUCCUAGGAGCGGCCACACAUUACUUGCCUUCUGGUUUUCCCGACAAGAAGGAAAACUAAAUCGACAACAAACUAUUGAACUGGGACACCACAUCCUCAAAGCACAUAUUUUCAAGGGGCUUAGUAAAAAAGUCGGGGUAUCUUCCUCCAUCCUGCAAGGGCUCUGGAUCUCCUACAGCACCGAAGGGCUCUCAAUGGCUUUGGCAUCACUGAGGAAUCUCUACACCCCAAACAUAAAGGUCAGUCGGCUGCUGAUUUUAGGAGGUGCAAAUGUAAAUUAUCGGACCGAAGUUCUGAACAACGCCCCGAUUUUGUGCGUCCAGUCUCACCUGGGCUACACGGAGAUGGUGGCCCUGCUCCUGGAGUUUGGGGCCAACGUAGAGCCGCUUUCCGCGGCCGCCGCCGGCUUCCUGAGCAUCGUUGUGCUGCUGUGCAAGAAGAGGGCCAAGGUGGAUCACUUGGACAAGAACGGUCAGUGCGCCCUGGUCCACGCCGCUCUGCGGGGCCACCUGGAAGUGGUGAAGUUCCUCAUCCAGUGCGACUGGAGCAUGGCUGGGCAGCAGCAGGGAGUGUUCAAGAAGAGCCACGCCAUCCAGCAAGCCCUCAUCGCCGCGGCCAGCAUGGGCUACACGGAGAUUGUCUCCUACUUGCUGGAUCUUCCCGAAAAGGAUGAGGAGGAGGUGGAGCGAGCACAGAUCAACAGCUUCGACAGCCUCUGGGGAGAGACAGGUGACGCCGCGGACGUGGUGGCCGCGUUCUCGCGU